AUGACCACGCUGUCAACGAAUAUUCCACGCGCGGAUCGGUCUCGUCCGGCAUCCCCGCACCCAACCCCAUCUGCCGCCUCCCCGACCGCUUUCACGACGGCGCCCAUCCUCACUGCUGAUGCUCAGAAUCCCCGUGCUCUGCCGUCAUCGACCACCGCCGUCAACAUCAUCCCCACUACGACCUCCGUGGCGACAACUACCACCUCGCCCACUCUCUCCACCCGUCAAAACGCUCCCGACGGCCCGUCAACCACGACCAUCACCACUAAACCCUCGCCCCCCCCCACUUCCAACGAUAUGAACUCCGCCCCAACCUGUCCGCAUUGUAAUUGCACAUUAAUCUCACACAUUGGUCUGAUCGGUCACUUGCGAGCCCAUCGCACUGCGACCGGCGCACCAACGCCAGGAGCACCCACAUAAACUUGCCGCAUCCGCCUUCACUGUCCACGCUAUUCAUACACGUUCAUACACUGCAUAGGCCUAUUCGGUCGCAUGCAUGCCCACAACGAUAGAAUUCACUGCAGUAUCGACACACCUAACACACCUUGCACGUCCACCAAUCCUCCCACCCUCAACCUAAUCAGUCCCCUAUUGACACGCACGCCCAACUCUGCCAGCAUCACAUCGACAACGACUCAACAUCCCCCAACCCAUUCUGCCCACGCUGUCGCCGCAGGUUCACCCCACGCAUAGGCCUGGCGGGCCUCUUGAAAAUCCACCACACAGAGACUGGCGAGCCAGUGCCUGGAGCACCAACAUACACAACAGACGCCAUCGCCCCAAUUGCCUGCACUGUACGCGCACAUUCAGCCAUCGCAUGGGCCUAUUCGGACGCAUGCGGUCUCGUAAAAACCUGCGGUAAAUCACCGUAAACUUAAUUACAUCACCUCGCACUUCCCCAUUAACAAAUGCAUCACACAUGAACACCUCCGCCUUCCUACAUCACCGGCACCUCUCACGCAGAUGAGAAGUGUGCUCUUCGGCUUCCUUCUCCAUGCGGCUUCUCUGUUGCGUGUGAGACCUGAGCGGUCUAUCCCACUGUGUGUGAAAUCCUGGUAUGAACGUAUGGGGAGUCAGGUCGUUUUUGUGAUACACGCAGACGACCUGUUCUCAGUUCUGCCAAUCACCUCUCUUAAUCUCAGCAUCAGUCGUUUGACCGGCCCGAAAAAUUGGCUGAUGCAUGGAAUAGAGUAGCGUGAGUAAGGUCUACUGUCGGCGCAUAAUUUCUCACAAUAGACACACAUUAGACGGUCAGAUGUGGUCAUUUAGCUGCACCUGAGAUAAACAAACCCCAUCAGCCUGUAAUAAGAGACCGGUAGUAGUAGGAGUUUUUACAGGUGGGACCAGGAAACGCACAGGCGACGAGGUCAAGUAGUUGUGUGCAAAAGAAAGGCCAUUAGGAAUGCGCGGGUGUACUUUGAGUGGUUAAAAAAUAGUUACCCUGUAGCGGGCAGCCAUCAUGACCAGUCUGGCGUCAUUGUUCAAGACUUCUCUCCCUCAAGGUCAUUCACCCCUUUGCAGUGAGCCGCUCCAGACGCGCUGACCCGAAGUCACACGACCGACAGCUCGGGCACACAAUUGCGUCCUCACAGUGUCGCGGCUACCCAUGCGCCACCCCCUGCAACCAGCAAAACAAGCCACUGGGACACCACCCCUCGGCAAAUGCAACAUACACGGACUGGACACCACUUGAGCUUGGCCCACGGGCCUACAAAAGCGGCUGCCACCACUAUCUCAGGGACUCUCAGGCAUGACUGGACGCAGUCAACACCAGCCCUGGUUUCACCAGUGGCCACUGCCGCCUGAGAGGACAACUGCAGGUUCUGUGCUCAAUAAACUCCUCAUUCUGGUGUCUUACGUCUUUCUCCCUACAACGCUAGGAUUUGUCCUGAUUAUUGUGGUGCACAGAAUGCACACAUUUUCACCGCAUAACCACCACAGCCCUAACCCCUAACAGUAUUGCGUCCAUCAGGUGCGGCUACAAAGCCACAUCUUACCCAUUAAACUGUCACGGUGCGCUAAAAGCCGUGGCUUAGAAGGCUGCCAAAUAACGGACUUCGCGGUUAACCCAGUGUGUGUUUGGGUGGUGUGACGAACCCGUGAACUGAAAGCCAGCCUACAGUAGCUCCUUCUUAAUGUGCCUCCUAUGGCACUCCCACUCAUUAAGAUCCGAGAGCCCCCCCCCCCCUCCUUUCCUGUUGUGUAUGAUUCUUAUUGAUUACGUUGAGGACCGGGGGUUGCGAUGGCGCGCCUAGGUGUAGGGUCUUCAUAGUAUCAAAAACGGUCCCCGCGGUAGAUGCGCUGGACCAACACAGGGUCUAGAUGGGAGUCCGGCAGGUGUUAUCGGGAAUGCGCACCCAUAACAAAUGCCAUUUAGGCGGCAAGCCUAUGUGCGGGCUCACUCCUCACCCACUAGGAUCCGAGCCAUCCCCUUUUUCUCUUGUUUACAUUUUGGACCGGGAGAUGUGGUGGUGCGCUUAGGUGCGAGUUCUCGCCGCGCCGGCCGCCUGCGUCCUCUCCCGCCUCCAGUUUCCUUGGCUCUGUCUCGAAACAGGAUCAAGUUGGGGGAGGAGGAGGAGGAGGAGGAGGAGGAGGAGGAGGAGGAGGAGGAGGAGGAGGAGGAGAUUGAGGAGAUGGAGAGUGUAGCCGGUGUUUCGUCAGUCUUAUAUCGCUUUAAAGCAACUCACGUGCAAGCCACCGUCCCUGCUCUCACCCUGCUGUAG